AGAUUUGCCUUGGUCGACGGUUCCUAUGGUGAAAAGUUGAAACGGCAUUUGUAUGUUUGUUACUGCCCUUUCCUUGCUGAACGGGACCAGUAAAACCGAAGCUGUAAUUACUGCUCCAUUCUUAUCUUUUUUACUGAGCUUCCUCUUCCUCGCUAUAGCCUAUAGUAGCAGUAAUUAGCUUCUUAUCUUCCCCCGUUGUUUAUUAUUAUUAUCUUCUAUAAAUUAGAUUAAAUACUCCGUAAUGGUUUAUGCCCGUAUGUUUCUUCAAUCUUCUUCGCCGGCGUUCUGAUCUCUCUCUCUCUUUCUCUCAAUCUUCAUAAUAAUCCGAUCAUCUGGUCUGAGUGACUGAAUUCGCAGUAUUUGAUUGAUUCGAGAAGAAUUAGGAAUUUAGAUAAAUAAUAGGGGGGGAAGACAGUGAAAUGAUGUUACCGAUGGUUGAUUGCCGGGGAUUGAUCGAAUUCUGCAGGGCUUUUGAGCAGCACAAGAACAGGUCCCGAUUCCAAUCCAGCAAGAACAAACAAUCCCAGGAUAAGAAUCCCUUCUGCUCCGAUCACUCUCCCAUGGCCGCUCUUGAUUUGGUGUUACUCAUCCUGGUUCUCGGAUCUCUAGGUUUUCUCCUAAUCCCCUAUUUCACUUCGGUGUUCGCCGAGGCUUUUCCGAUUCUCUGCGAAAUCGUCGUGGAAUGCGUCAACGACACCCCGGUGGAGUAUUUUGUUGGCCUUGUGGCGGCGCUCUUAGGAGUUCUCGUCGUGAUCGUCGCGUGGGAGAUCCUCGAUUUGCGGUCUAGGAAGUGCGGGAAUCCCAAGUGUCAGGGCUUGAGGAAAGCGGUGGAGUUUGAUAUCCAGCUCGAGUCGGAGGAGUGCCUCAAGUAUUUGCCCCCGGACGCGACCUUCAACGGGAACGCCUUCUAUAAUUACGGCGUGAAGCCGUUGGAACUGGGGCAGGAUCGCAAGGAGCUGGAGGCGGAGCUGAAGAGGAUGGCACCGCCCAACGGCCGCACCGUUCUCAUCUUCCGGGCACCCUGCGGCUGCCCUGCAGGUAGAUUGGAGGUUUGGGGGAAUAAGAAAAUUCGUAGAGUUAAGAAAUGAAUUUUAUACGGAGGGAGGGAGUUCGUAGAGUUAUAGCUCUUAGUUUGUUAUUGUUCCAGCAGGAUCCAUCCUUAUACAAUGAUGAAUAAAGUAGGAGAUAUCAUCAAAUCAGUUUCGUGCAAUACAAAUAAGUAUUUUGACGAUGUAGCAAAACAAUACAUAACACUUGAUUUUGUAUAUUAUACUAAUUCUUCUUUAUGGGCUUUAUAUAUAUUUUUUCUUCUUACACCUAGUGUUUGGUGAGAUCAUUUUAUUCUUGUUCUGUUAAUGUCACUGUUCAUGCUGUUAUAAACCCAAGGGCAUCUGUCAGAAGUAUGCUUUUAUUGUUUGAGACCGAAUCUCCUUUCCAA